CAUACACGUGACUGAUUUCUGGUAGCUAGACAAGUAACAGCCAAAAACAGCCAACGUUUGACUUUUCGAGGGCAACCUGUAAAAGGUGUAGUAUGAAACUGUAAUGCUGGGCGCCGUCUGAGGACUUGAUCCGGAAGAGAGCGAUGCUAACAUAAAAGGAAAAGGGGGAAAAUAUCGGCGGGAUGUAUAAAUGGUAGUUCACGAAAAUCGUUCAUUUUCAUGUCUUGACGUAAACGAAAUGAGUUAAAAUGCGUUCGUGUUUUUUUUGUCUGACUGGAAAAGCUCAGUAGAAGUGAUUUGAGAAACUAUUUUUUUUGCUCUACUGUUGCGACUGGCUGUGAGUUUUGGGGGCAUUUACUAAUGAAAAGCAGCAACCGGUGUUUGGUAAUGUGUAUAGGACUUGGCGAUCAAACAGUAGCCGUUAAACUCUUGGGCUGUUUAAUUUUGGUCGGAGUGUUUCCCAUGAUGGUGUUUUCAGAACUGGCUGACAGAUCAGUGGAUGGCUGUGGACAUACAGUUAUGAGUCGAGAAAGUGGCACAUUAUCAUCUAAUAACUAUCCAGGGCCAUACCCAAAUAAUACGUCCUGUACAUGGAAAAUACGGGUGGCUCAAGGGAAGGCCAUCCUUUUAAAAUUUAGUGAUCUAGAUAUUGAAACACAAAGUUGUGAGCUGGACUACCUUAAAAUUGUGACAGUUUCUUCAGAGGAAAAAACAUAUUGCAGAACUUUGGAUCCUGAAGAAAGAGAGUUACUGCUCGAUACAAAUGAAGCAAAAAUUCAGUUUGCGAGUGCAGUCCAUGUAUCAGGGCGGGGUUUCUUGUUGUCAUAUGCCACCAGUGAUCAUUCAGAUCUUAUUUCAUGUUUGGACAGAUCAAGUCAUUAUACAGAAGAGCAGUAUAGCAAGUACUGUCCAGCUGGCUGUAAGGAUGUGGCAGGAGACAUUUUUGGGGAUUCAUCAGAUGGCUACAGAGAUACAUCAGUGAUAUGUAAAGCAGCUGUUCAUGCUGGAGUAAUUGCGGAUGAGUCUGGAGGGCAGAUCACUGUAAUAAAGAGUAAAGUUCUUGGUCGAUACAAUGUUGUAAGAGCUAAUGGUAUUACUUCAAAGGAGGAUUCAUUGUCAGAGAGAAUAUUUUUAUUCAACAGAACUGUACGUCCUGAUUAUAUAAAUAAGCUGGUUGAUGUAUCUACAGAUCCAACUGGAAUUACAGGAAAUCAGAACAUCACAGAACCAAUAUCACACCAAGAAGCAGACUUUGGUGUGAAAAUUGGAAUUGCGGCUGCAGUGGUGCUGUGCCUGUUUUUGCUGUUAGCUGCAGUCUGCAUAUGGCAGGCCCUACACAAGAGGAAAAGUAAAGGAGACGCCUAUCGACUGUCCGGUGAUCACGGAACAGGUUAG